AUUACAUCAUGAAAAUCCCAUACCAGGGUAGUCCUUGGGGCGAAGUGACAGCCUCACUGUCUUAUAUAGUCAUUUUUCGGUACUGCGGUGGUCGUGUAAUGGUACACCUGGCAACAUAAUAUGUAUUGUGCUACUCUUUCAAACCAUAGCAUACUAUUUGUCUUGAAUAUAGUUGCUUAUGUAUAAAAUGCACAGAAGAAUGACACGUCGUGGUCAGAGUUGAGAUUUGUUGUAGCGUAAAAUAAUUAAAUUUACAGACAAUAACAAAAUUACUGAAGAAAUGAAUUUAAUUGCAGAGUUAGCUGGUGAGGAUUCUGACACGAAGUCCCGAACAUUUGUCUUUGAGGAAGGUGGUCAUACAUUUGGAAAUGCCUUGAGGUGUAUCAUCUCUCGCUACCCAGAAGUUAUGUUGUGUGGUUAUACAAUACCUCAUCCUUCUGAAGCCAGUAUGCACUUUCGAAUCCAAACGACGGGACCACGUGCUGUAGACGUUUUAAAACAAGGCAUUGAAGAUUUGGAGAAAUUAUGUGAUCACACAAUGACAGUGUUCCAGGAUGAAAUGGCACAGUUUAAAGCAGCAAACUGAAAUUUUCCAGUUUAUCCAAGAAGACACAUGGACAGGAAGUUUUGUAGAAAUGUAAUUUUGAAAUACACUGCAACCGACAAAAAAAUCUCUUGAUUCCCAAUGAACCAUAUGCUAAUUCCUACCAGAUAAUUCACUAACACUUUGAAAGUAUGAAUUCCUAGGAUAAAUGUCUUUUGUAAACUCUCAGUAAGAUAAAUAUGCUCUUUUGGUAUUACAGAAUACAAACUGAAAUGAAAUGUUGAACAGUAGACUUAACUUCGAUAGAGGUGGAGUAAGAUUCGGUGCUACUAGUGAGCCUAAAAAUUACCAGCUUAUAGAGGCCAUAUUUCAAUGAGCUAAUGCACUCUGCCAUCUAUAAAUUAAUUUCUUGUGACUUUUAAUUUACUAAAAAUAGUUUUUAUCAGUUGCUAGGCCAUUAAAAUUUUGUAAAUAAUAAA